CGUGUCUUUUAAAAUUUAUUAAAUAUGGUACAUAAAAGUUUAAAUAUUAUUUAAAAUAUUUAUUUAUGAUUUAAUCGAGACUAAAAAACUGUAAUCUGGUUUCUAUCGUACAUUACUUUUAUAGGAAUUUUUAUUUUUCUCAGAAGAAAGGAUCUAACAAAAACAUAACCUUAUAUAUGAUAUAUGAUCAACAAUGGUACAUUCUUAUAGUGAAUAUCAAAUUGAAAGAUUAUUGUGUAAACUUUUUUCACAUGAAAUUCAAGAACUGUGUUUCUGAAUUUUUAUAUAAACAAAUGUAUUUAUUUGUCAAGGGUUAUAUCCAACCCUCAUUUCUACAUUUCUUAUACAGAAAUGUAUAACAUUUCUCUGUCAUUAUUCAACAUACAAAUAUUUUUCUCUUUUCUUCAAUUUUCAGGUGAUUAACUUUAAUUUUUUUCAAAAAACGUAAAAAAAGAAAAUAUUAUGAAGAAUUUAACGACAAAACAAUUACAAAGAAUAGAAAAAAAGAAAAAGAAAAUGGCUGCACUUCUGGAAAUAACUAAAUUAAAUGAUAAAGAUAGAAAAGCUAAAAUGCAUGUUCUUAAGAAAACUUCUACAGAAGCUGAUCAGUUAAAUGAUACAGACAACAGUGAUGUUUCCAUGGAAGAAAAUGUCAAACGUAAACGUCCAUGUGAUGAAGAUUUGAAAGAAACAUUUCUAGAACAUACUACUAAAAAGAAAAAUAUAGAAGGUACUGAAGAAUCAGAUGCACUUGCUAACAAAAAGCCUAGAUUAAGCGGAGAUGACUAUUUAAAAUUGAAACACGAAUUACGAGAACGUAAAAAGCAACUUACAAAAAUACCUCGAUUUCAAUUAAAAGCAGUUGGUGAAAGUGCUAGUUUAAGUAUUAAUGUUAAAAGUGAAAAUAGAAUUCCUAUUUUUCUUAGUGAUGUGCAACAUUUAUUGUUGUAUUCAUUACAUGGUCAUCAUUCACCGUAUGUACCAACAAGAUGGUGUCAGCUUGAAAAAUAUAAUAAGGUCACACAUACUGUGGUCUUUGUUGUUGAAGGACUUUCUUUAUAUCAUUUUAUGGCUUAUGAAAGCAUGUUUCCUUAUAUAACAUCAAAAUUGGAACAUCGUGUAGAAAUUGUAACACCUACAGCAUAUGGAGGAUCAGUAAUAGAGGAUCUUGCAGCUGUUCCUAUAACUGGAAUACAAAGCGAUAAAUUAAUUAAACAAUAUGGAUCAUUAGAAGCUGCAUUACAAAGUAACAAUGAUGUAAUAAAAUUAUUACGGACUGUUUUUCCGAUGUAUGAAAAUUUAUCAACGAAUGCUGAAAAAUUUAAAACAGGAUCUGAAUUACCUCCUACAGAUAAAUUUCCUCGUACACAAUUACUCUUAUCAUUAUGUCAAAUGGUAGAAGAAAAUUAUCCUGUUCCAUUGAAAGGAGAAUUAGCAAAGAAGUAUGAAAAUUAUAUAAUGACAAAAGAUGUUUAUGUAGAAGUUAAUGCAAAAUCACCAAUGUUUGGUUUAGAUUGUGAAAUGUGCAAAACGACUACUGGAGAAUUGGAAUUAACAAGAAUAUCUCUUGUGGAUGAAAGUAUGAAAAUUAUUUAUAAUAGUCUGGUAAAGCCGGAUAAUCCUAUAACAGACUAUCUCACACGCUUCAGCGGUAUAACAAAAAAUAUGUUGGAUGGUGUUAGAACUACAUUAUCGGAUGUUCAACAAACAUUGCGAAAAUUACUACCUACAGAUGCAAUUCUUGUAGGACAAAGCUUAAAUUCUGACCUUCAUACAUUAAAAAUGAUGCAUCCAUAUAUUAUCGAUACAUCCGUAAUAUUUAACAUUACUGGUGACAGAUAUAGAAAAACGAAAUUACAAACUUUAGUAAAAGAAUUCCUUGGUGAAAGAAUACAAGAAAAUAAAUCUGGUCAUUGUCCUACUGAAGAUUCACAGGCUUCUAUGAAAUUAGUACAAUUAAAGUUAGCAAAUAGUUUGGAUUAUGGAGAUGCUGUGUUACUUGGUCAAUGCAAUAUGAAUGUAUUAAAAAUGGAAGCAGAAAAGAGAACGAACGAUCAACAAUCAUUUAAAACUGAAAUACGGAAGUAUGCAACUUCAAUCUUCAAACAUGUAACAAAAGAUAAAAAAUCUGCUGCCAUUGUGGGUAUUGAGGAAGUUAUGAAUGAAUAUUCUAAAUAUUUAACUUGUUCUCUCAAUAUUAUGGACGAUGAAAAUUUCAAUGAAAAUGAUCAAGUACGUCUUGUAGUAGCAGAAAAUGAUAAACAAGCUGUACUUCGAGCUUCACAGAUAGCCAUGGAACAUGCUUUUACUUUGUGUCAUAUUAGAAUAAAUCAAGAAAAAUUAAAAUAUGAUCAAAUAGAAAAGACUUUUCGUACUGUAAAUAAAUGGAUACAUAAAUUAUGGCAGCAUAUGGCAGUGAAUGGUUUAGCUUGCGUUAUAUUUCCGGGAGAAAAUAACGCAGCAAAUGGUGCUUGUUUUUUGAAUUUAAAAAAAGAAAUAUCUGAAGAUUGUAUAGUAGGUGCUUGAAAAUAAAGAAAUUUGCAAUUGUAUAUUAAUUUAAAAGGAAAUUAUUAAAGAUGUAUAAUUCUAGUAAUAUUAUGAAUUGUAAAGAGAUAUGCAAAAAACUAAAAAGUCUCUUAACGAUUAAUUUGCAUUCGAUAAUUAUUAUUUUAUAGACAUGUACAAAUAUUGUAUUAUUAAUAAACUUUUUUAUUCCUUGUAAA